CGGAGCCCGGGCUGCGCCACUAUGGCCCGGGGUCUAGCCGAGGAGGCAGCACUGAGGUCCGCAGAGAACACCUGUGUGUGGAUUAUUGUUGUUAAUAUUAUUCCAGCCGCGGGACGCCAGCAGGAGCUCUACAAACUCCUCCAUGAUCGGGAGGGCGAGCAAACUCGGCAAAGAUGGAAAAACCUGGUGGAGGCAGGACGUGUCGUCUCCCCAGCAUCACCUGAAGAACUGGAAGAUGAUGCUGUGGGUGCUGGCAUCAUUGCUGACACUGGUGGAGGAUGUGUUUUCUGAGGAGGACAAUAAAGAGUCAGACCUCCAGCAUGUCCUCAGGCUCCCCUCCGUGUCUCCUGCUAAGGACCUGGACCGGGGCAGCAGGGGCCACAUAUCCUGGCCUGGAGCCCUUGAAGAGUGGUCACUAAUGCAAGAUGGGGAAAUCCAGCAGAGCAGAUGGCGGCGAGCCUACCGUGACCCAGAUUUGCCCAGAACGUCAAGGAGAAACCGCAAGAAGACCAAGGUCAGUCACGACUGCCAUUUGGAGAGGAAGGAGAUGCGGGUGCGGGAUCUGGGUCUUGGCUACGACUCGGAUGAAAUAAUCCUCUUUAAGUACUGUGUUGGGACAUGCCACAGCUCCCGCAAGAACUAUGAUCUGGUCGUGAAGGCUUUGAUGGAAAAUGGGAGCAUCUCUGGGAAGAAGGUUAGCAGCCACCCAUGCUGUCGGCCGACCCGGUAUGAGACUGUGUCCUUUAUGGAUGAACAGACUACCUGGCAGACCAUCAGGUGGCUCUCAGCGGCCAACUGCAGCUGUUUUAGCUGAUAGUAGGGAACAUCUAUCACAAGCACAGAAAAGCUUUGUUAAGCUAAAGAGCAGCAUGCUGUAAGCACUGGUGUCUGAAGUGGGUGACCAAACCCUGAUCCAGCAGCAUGGGCUGGAUUUGGAUCCUCAAGGCAGCGGCCAUGGUCUUCACUCCAUGAAUAGCACAAGCAGGCUAACUGGAUUUGUGCCACAAUCCUGGGGCUGAGCAGGGUUUGUUUUAAUGCCACUAGCAAGAAGAGCAGAGGAGGAAACUAUCAGUGUUGUUCCGGUCCAUAAUGGACUAUAUGUUGUUUCCUUGAAGGCUUGGCAGCCAUGUUGAAGGUCUUUAGCUCUUAGAAGCUAACCAUAUCUCUAAGUAUGCAGCUUGGCUAACAAGAAUUCAGUACGGUCAACUGUCUGACUGGAAGCUUUACAUUUCACCAGGAGUCUUUUUUCUGUUAGGCAGAAAAUGCUUACCAGCUAGGAAGCGAAAACAUUAGCUGGUCCUCAUGUAGCCGCUAGUGUUAGAUGAUGCUAACUGCAUACAGGCAUUGGUGGCUGGCUGAAACAUAUUCCAGCAGUUAUGAAGGGGAACAUUUUUCCUAAUGUGUUCACAAGAUUCAUUUUCAGCAAAUUAAAUAACACAUUUCAAACUUUAUUAUUUAAUUCAUGUUGAAUAUGAUACAACUUUAAGCAUAAAACCUGAAACCAAAUAGCUAUUCACUUAUCCAAAUCCAAAAACUGUAAAAAUGUAGGAAAGGCAGCAUAUUUAGAUUACAGCUUUAACGUUAAUGUUUAAGAAGAGAUAAACGUGGUGCCUAAACACCAUCCAAAAGCAUCAGUUAAGCAACACCAUUUUAAUUCAAUCAACCUAUUAUUAAUUCAAGGCAAGAGUGAUCUUUGUGCUUUCCUGUUUUAAAACAUCACCUUUUAUAUUGGAUGCAUAAUUCUAUGGAGAAAACUUAAUAAUUUAUAACUCAUAUUAUUGUAUUGAAGUAUUGUAUUGGCACGCAGCAUGUUUUGGCAAAACUAUAUCCCCUUCAUUUCCCCUGCUGCUAAGGCCUAAAAAAUGUUUGCAAUACAACAACCGUAAAAUAUAAUUGGAACAAACAAGUUUCCUUAAUUAAAUUAAUAUUGAAAUACAUUUUAAGAUGAAGGUGUUUCAUAGAUUUACAUAUGGUUUGAUUCAUCGGCUUCAAAGGUCUGCAUGGUAAGACUUUUUAAUCCUGACAUGUUGUUAUUGUGCUAGCUAACCAAGCGUAACACUCAAUCAUUUGUUCAUGUCACAGUAUCAAUGCAUCUAAAAAAACAUGUUUGCCUUACCAGACCAAUAUUUCAGUUUGAACACCACUGACUAAUUCAUCCUUAUCCAUUGGCUCUACUCUAUACUUAUCAAUUGACUCUAAAGCAUGGUUAAAAUAUGUAUCUUUUUCUUACAUGGUUAUUUUAUAGACAAGGGUAUUAUCAUUUAUUUGCCAAAACCAGUUAUCUACUGAACCUCCAAGAUGGAGAGAAUGAUGAUUUCUGGACAUGUGUAAAUCAACUGCGAAGCCUCUAUUUAACAAAGACAAUUUCAUGAACAGCCUAAAAUAGUAUUUAUGUUUUCUUUUGUAAAUACAAUGGUCUUCAUAAGACCAACAUUUCCUCUCACCAUGUGAUACCUUCCAGGGCAGCUAACAUCCAUCUGGUCAAGGAAAAGUCAUUAUCAUUCAUUAAGAGUCGUUACAGCAACUAUAGUAAAACUUCAAAUGUCCUAAAAAAAAUCUCUUACCCUCACAAACACAAUUCAAGUUUCAAAAUACAAAAACAUUUAGCUUUGUUUAUUUUAGUGCAUGACAUUCAUAAAGCAUUACAUGACCCCAUCGGCUUUCUAAAUCCAGCAGAUCAGAUCAUAACAUGCUGUUCUCUAGCUAACAUAUGCUAAUUGUAAAUGCCACAGCAGCUCAGGAGGACCUAAAAGCACAGCUUGUUUACAUCUCUGUCAACAGUCUAUUGUAGGAUGCCAACACAAAUAUAGUCAUGAGGCAGCCAUCAAUCGCAGUGAUAGCUUUUCACCACGCGGUCUAUUUUCAGAUCAGGUGCGACAUGAUCCCAGUCACAACCAUCAGACCUGUACAUCAAACAAAAUAAGUGCUAGAAAUCAGUUUGAAUGUGAUUUCUAAUGCUGGCAUAUCACAGAUUAUCACAAAUGAUAUGCAACAUGGUGUUUCUACAUAUUAUUUUAGAAAGUUGUGUCCAGAGAAGCUAAUUAGACUGUGGCAUUUAUCAUCACUAACAUUAUUUCACACAAAGCUCAGCAUUAUAAGCAUUUUUCCAGUAUUUCUACGUCUGAAAAAAUUGGGAUGUUUACAAUUUAGCAUCACAAAUCUUAUGUUAUAAUAUUUUAUAUGUGCAUGCAGGUGCUCUAAAACAGUAUUCAUACACAUUGGUUUUUUGUUCAGCUCUAUCGAAAAUAGUUUAACAAUAUCCAAGUGAAGCAUUAAAUGAUAGGCAGUAUGUAUUGAUUGAUUGAUUGAAAAGUUUAUUAACAGCUUGUAUAUUGGGUACAGUACAGUACAGCUCAAAACAUACAAUUGUUAAGGGGAUGCAGACCAGAGAAAGACUU